AUGUUCAGACUCGCUACCAGAAGCACCCGAGUUAUGGGACUGACAGGCCGUCGUAUGGCUAGCACCGAGGUCGCUCCUGUUUAUCAGAACAAGCGAUUCGUGCCCAACGAGGCCAAGGCCAAGGAGUUCCAAGAGACUUACGAGCACACUAAGGAACACGCCAAUUCCACUUUUGGACUGUGGAAGAACAUUUCUAUCUGGGUUUGUGUGCCAGCCCUCAUUGCCUCGGGCAUCAAUUCCUACUACAUUGAGAAGGAGCACGCCGAGCACCGUGAACACAAUUCGCACAUUCCCGACGAGGACAUGCCCACUGAAUUCUUGUUCCAAAACGUCCGAAACAAGAAGUACUUCUGGGGUGACGGUGAUAAGACUCUUUUCUGGAACGAAAAGGCCAACCGUCACGUUCCCCGCGACUAA